AUAGACAAAGCCAUGCGACAAUAUUUAUUUAUGCAGCAUCCGGCAUGGUAUAAAAUAUAAAAAUAUAAUACCUAAGGCUUAAUUUUUUAUUUUCAUUAAAAGUAAUUAAAGUUUAAAAUAUUUUUAUUCAGUUAUAUUAUUUUAUUCCGUCAUCGAUAUUCAAUCACGUAAUAGUAAGACAACACUCUUCACAAUAUGUACUACCUUAUAAAGUUCAUUUUGUAGUGCUUACUGCAAAUGUUGCUUACAAAUUAAACUUAUAAAUUCUAAAUCUUAAUAAAUCCUGUAUCGUAAACACAAUAAAGUAAAUUUUGUGGCUUAUGUUAAAAGAAAUUAUGGAAUCAAAGAAUCGAUUGGGCUAUUGCGAGGUGUGCAAUAGUGACGCUGCUAAAUACUGCUGCCCAAGGUGUGAAGUGAAAACUUGUAGUUUGUCAUGUGUUAAUAUUCACAAGAAAGAAUUGGAUUGUGAUGGCAAGAAAUACAAAACAGGGUUUAAGAAAUUAGAAAAAUUUAAUGACUUUGAAAUGAGUCAAGAUUAUAGACUCAUGAAUGAGUUUAUUGAAGCUGUUGGAGAGUUUAAAAUGAAAACCCAGCGCAUAUCCAAUUUAUCUGCAGCUUUUCGAAGAUUGCGUUAUCAAGCAUACCAACGAAACAUACGAUUACAGAUUUUACCUAAAUCUACUUUGAACAAAAACAAUACCUCUUUUUUUAAUCCUAAAGUAAAUAAAAUCUUUUGGCGUAUAGAUUGGACAUUUCAUGGCACAGAUGUGAAAUACACAAACCAUAAAGUCCCAGAGUAUCAAAAACUAAAUAGUAUUGCUAGAAACUAUUUCACUACAGAGUUUCAUGAUGAUGAAGUAAAAGAAAAAAUGAAGUUUUAUGUUUCAGCUGGAAUUAGAGGUGUAAUAUUUCUAAUGAAAACACCAUAUGGAAAAUAUUAUGAACUUGAUUCUGAGGAUACAAUAUCGUACAGCUUAAGGUAUAAAACAAUAUUGGAAUACCCAGAAAUAUUAGUUGUUUUGUCUAUUCAUAAAGAUGCAUUUAGUGAUCUUCUUUAUGUUGAGAAUUCAACAUUUAAUAACAAUAAAUCAACAAUGAUGUAAUAUUUAAUAAAUUUAUGUUUUUUUUUUUUUAUACAACUUCAUAAUUGAAAUUAGUAAAAAUGUUUUAUCUCUAUGAAUCUAAUUAUAAGUUCUAUCCAACAAAAUAUUAACAUUUAUUUCAUUGGGCAAUUGGUUAAUUAAAUAUUAAAAUUAUAAUUAUAAUGAAACACAGCAAAAAUUAAAACUUCUAUUAAAAGUGCUAUGUAAAAAACUAAAUUCUUUGAUUAGAAAUAACAAAUAAUUUUGGAAUCUCCUCUUAAACCAAACUCAUUGAAAUGAGCAUAAACAUUUAUGUAGUUAUUUAUUACUAAUUAAUCAACUGUAACUGUGAACUAAUAUUUUUUAAGUACCAUACAAUUAUUCAAAAUGUCAUCCACCAAAAUAUUAAAUUACAUUUUAGAAAUUAAUUUUUUAAUUACAUCCUAUGUGCUAUUAUUAUUGUUUUGUAUUAUAAAUAAUUUGUAUAAACUAUUUUGUUGAAGAAUAUUUUUUGAUGUUUACUAAAUGAUUGAAUUGUUUUUAUAUUGUUGAUAUUUGUAUAACAUAAUUAUGACUAAACUGUAAUAUUUACUUUUAAGACACAAUUAUUUUGGAUUUGUACAAGAUAGUAAUAUGACUCAAGUACCUAAAGUAAUACAACAAAAUUGUAAUUAUUUUAA